AUGUGGUUAGAAUUUGAGAACAAUGUGGUACCGACAGAGGCGCAAAUUAAACAGAGAUGCAGACAUCUCACUGAAAACGCGCAUCCCAAACUCUUUGGUGUCACUCAAAAGGAGGGGAGAAAACCCUUCUCGCUAACUGGUUUUGACAAAGUAGAUUACGUUUUGAAUCAGCUUUGUAGACUGAAAAAUGGUGCGGAACUGAGUAAAGCAGAGCUUCAAAAAAGUGUUACCUACCACCAAAAUAUCUAAAGAACUGCGGGCCAGAUGCUUUGCCCAAAUGGUUUCGCAAGCGUCAUCGAGAAUUCAAAUCAUUCAGACUCCGAUGAAGAAUCUUCCAUAGAUGGUGACGUGAAUCAGCCCAGCACUAUGACAGCCAGAAGGCGCAAGAGACCAAGAAAUUUGCUGAACUCAAGAGGUUUCACUUUGUUGGCCAAUUUCCUUUCAGAACUCCCAGCAUCAAUGAGAGAAAGGAAAUACCAAGAAAAAGCUCUACGGCAGAAGGAUCAAGAGUUAGCGUUAAAACGACAACAGCUGGAAUUGAGCGCUCAAAAAAUACAAGCGUGAGGAGGAGCUAUUGAGGCGCGGACAGUUCGACCACGACGCCAAAAAGCUAAAGACAAUAAUGGAAAUGAUUCUCACAGCCAAGAGCUUAGAAAAGGAGAAUUCUUCAUCGAGUAAAGCGGUACAGAAAAUAUUUCGAGACUUUUUGACUCAUUCUGCGUGA